GGCUGAUGAAGGACGGCGCGUGCCAGCUCGGGCUCAGCCGAGGCGUAGCGCGUGAUGCUGUCCGGGCGAUGGGCAUGCGCUUUAAGCCACCCAGCAGCAAUUUGGGAAGGGGCGGGAGCGCUGACCCUCCCUGCUGCUCCGCUCGCCCUGGAGGCGGGCACGGCUCUGCUUCCUACUGGCCCGCCCCUCCAGCGCAGGGGCCAGAGAUACCAGGGAUACCCGGACGCCAGAAGACAGCAGGAGCAGGCAGGGCACGGAAGGGGAGGCGGCCUUCCUACGGCUGGUCUCUGCCUGUCGGGCGGAGCAGCCUGGCAGAUCCUGAGCCUGCAAGGACGCGGGUUGGGGAGGAGACCGACCCCGCAGUCAGGCGGAGGAAAGGGGGCUGCUGCCACUCUUUUCCGAGGGAGCCUGCCCGGUCCAUGGAGCCCAGCUAGGGCGACGCAAGGCGGAGAGACCCAGGUAAAAGCUCUCAGACUGGGCGCAGACGGAGAAGCCGCUAAGCCAGAGAGAAGAAGCGGGAGAUACGCAGCUGCAGCAGCCGCACCGUGUGGACCGGAGGGUGGGGGGCAGGUGCGGGUGCUGAAGGUUGGGGGCAGAUUGGAGGGGACCUUGCUGGAGCUGGACAGCCCUGCCGGGCCGGCGCGAGGCGUGCUGUAGCCGGGUGACAGGUUGCUUGAUCCCCAGGAGGGCUGAGCCAGCCAGCGAUGGGGAUGUACGUGUCUGGCUCUUCCUCAGAGGAUGCUUUGCCAGAUAGUGUUCAUGUGGAUACUUGGGCAGCCUGGAGAUAAAAUGGAUGCUGGCGACAGCUAUGUAAACUGAAAUUUUGCCAAGUCUUGGAAAAUCCUAUAAAAUGGAGGAACUCUAUAAGGACACACAAAACUUGCCCAUGGAUGUUACCAAUUCUCCUUCAGCAAUAGGAAACAACAAGCUUGAAAAUGGAGUUGCCCAGCUAAUCACUGCAGAAGCAUGGAAUAUCAAUUCAGCAGACCUGAUGAAGAAAGCCCUUUCGCCACUGGUGACUGUUCCUGCCCCAUCAAUAUUGACCCCACCUGCGGAAUCACAGAGUGGUGUCGCUCUCAAGGUAGCGGCCACAGUGCUUCAGCCGAUUUGUUUAGGGGAUAGCCCUGUGGUUCUGCCAAUACAUCUGCAAGUAGCAGGAAGUGCUGCUCCUCAGAUUGCUCCUGCCAGUAAUACUCCCUAUGUCAUGACAACGCAAGGCCCAGUUCCUUUACCUGUCCUCUUAGAGCAACACGUCUUUCAGCAUUUAAAUUCUCCACUGGUGUUACCUCAGAGUUCCCCCUGUGGCCCCAAUUCCAUCCACAGCAAUCUUUUCCAGGGCUCUUCUGCCCCAGUUGGACAGCCACAGCUCUUGGAUCACAAGCCCUCCAGUCAGACUCAGGAGCAUGUCUUGCCCCCUGUGUUUCAGACACCAGGGUUUGCUGCAGUUCUGCAGGAUCUCUUUCCUACCCAAGGCACAUUAGGUUCAUCAGCUUAUCAGUCACCCCCUGAAUGUUCUUCUGUCCCUAUGCAGCCCUUCAGUUCCCCUUUGUCUCCCCUGGUUCCCCCAGCUACACUCUUAGUACCAUACCCUGUUAUUGUUCCUUUGCCCGUCCCUGUCCCUAUCCCUAUCCCCAUCCCUAUCCCGGUGCCCCAUAAUGCAGAAUCCAAGGCCAACCUGGAUCGCCCUAGACCAACUUCUUCAUGUGUACUGCAUUCCUGCAAAGGCACCCAGACUCCCCUGGAGAAGGAAGAAACUAAACCAUUUGAUUUCAUCCACCACAGGGAUCUUCCCCAGCUGACUCGACACACUGUCAUCAAGAUGAGCAAUGAGAGCGAGGUCCUUGAUCUGUCCAUGAAAACGACACCUUUCUUGAAGGAAAGUGAGGACAAUUCCCAGCACUCACCUGAGGACGGUGCUCUGGAUUUAUCAGUUGGUUCCUGUCGGAAGACUGGAAGUGCUGAAUUUACAGGUACCAUUCGGUCUGGGUCCACCAUGAUGGAUAGCACUGUUCAUUCUGGAGCAGAUAAACUGUCCAACAGCGCUUUUCCCUUUGUUCUUUCAAAACCUCAUGAAGCUCCAGCAAAAGCUGAGAAUAGAGUGAUCAGUGGCAAUUCCUCUGAACUCCUGAGACAGCAGCCCAAAUGGUUGGUGGAUCAGACUAGUAUACCAUGUGAGCCCUCAGCAGGCAAUAACAUUGAGAUUGUGAGCACUUCACAGACAGCUAAAGUGAUAGUCUCUGUCAAGGACGCAGUACCUACCAUUUUCUGUGGCAAGAUUAAAGGCCUUUCGGGCGUUUCCACAAAAAACUUUUCCUUUAAAAGGGAUAUGCCCCAGGACUCCGUGCUGCAAUGUUACGAUGUGAAGAACCAGCCAGAAGCUCGAGAUAACGCAGAAGCUCUUAGGAAACCCAUCAAAAACAGAAGCGUCAAGUUAAAGAAAAUGAACUCACAGGAGAUCCAUAUUCUUCCAAUCAAAAAGCAAAGGCUUGCGGCCUUUUUCCCAAGGAAGUAAUUUAUGAGGUUUUAGAAUGUUUAAGGUAUGAUUAUUAUGAAUUAAGAAAUGCACUUCGUUUUAAAUUACAUUUAAAAAUUUAAAUAUCUUUUAAAUUAUUUGGAAGUGGAGGGGGGUGGGAGGUUAGCAGGAGAAGACAGGAUAUAUCUUCCCAGUAAUCUUGGUCUUUCCCUUAUUGUGUUCUAACUUUUCAUUAAAAAUAAAUAAAAGGCAACAUAUUUUUCAAAUGGAUUGCACAUUUUGCAGCUUUAAUGGAAUAUAAUGGAUGAGUGAUUCAGAAGGGUAAGAGCUAUUUUCACUGCCAUAAAGUGCUUGGAUGAUGUUAUUCUGAACCAUGGUGACUAGAAUGGAACUUUGAGAAUAAAUGUUUGUAUGUGCUAA